UAUGAGUAUGUGUGGUGUGUGUACAUGCCAGACGUGUCGAGUGGAUCCAAUGCAGCAGCAGCAGCAGCAGGCGGUUGAAAACACCGUGGCUGUGUACGCGCACAGACACACAUACACCCGCAGCUCACACGUACAGACAACAAAUGACAAAGAAAAGUCCAAAAUGGCGAUCGUGUCGGUGUAGGUGCAUUUCACACAGUCGAACGACCGUCUCGCGAUAGUGCGAUACGACGACGACGACUCGGGCAACACAACAAGAAGGUUCGUAGCGCAUAUAAGUUUCUUAAUCGCUGCAGUCAGUGGCCUACGUGUGUGCAACUCUCGUGCGCGUCUAUAUAUGUAUGUGGACAAAUAUAUAUCCCUGUGUACGUGCAUAACUUGUGAGUAUAUGCAGCAUAACUACUCCGACGGCUCGGACGUAUAAUACGGAUCAUUGACUUGAAAAAGUCGCACAUCGGCCGAUGGAGAUGUGGUACAGUUGCGUAUAAAUGAUACAGCAUCAGCAGCAGCAGUGAUCGUGGUGUUUAUGCGCAUCCUAAAUUGCAUUAUCGCGUGAUAUCUCCAUUAUAUAUACAGCGAAAACAGAACGUCGUACACGACCUUUAACGCUGCAUGUUUAUCCAAAUGUCCGCUAUAGCUCACUCUAUGCCAGGUACUACCUCGAAUAAACUGUCACAAAAUCGGAGCAACGAGAGCGUUGGAUCCGAUGAGGACGACCCGAAUUCGGGCAAAUACAGAAGAAUGGAAGACGACAAUAUUCAAGAUAAAGAGCGCUUCGCCAGCAGCAGGGAAAAUCACUGCGAGAUCGAGCGACGACGCAGAAACAAGAUGACCGCUUACAUCACCGAACUGUCAGACAUGGUGCCAACGUGCUCCGCCUUGGCUCGCAAACCCGACAAGCUCACCAUCCUUCGCAUGGCCGUCGCUCACAUGAAAAAUCUCCGUGGCACGGGCAACACCAGCGCUGACGGGACCUACAAACCAUCAUUCUUGACGGAUCAGGAGCUCAAGCACCUGAUACUGGAGGCCGCCGACGGCUUUCUGUUCGUCGUCAGCUGCGACACCGGCAGAAUUAUCUACGUGUCGGACUCGAUCGCGCCGGUGUUGAAUUACUCUCAGAACGAGUGGUACGGCACCAGCCUGUACAAUCAGGUGCAUCCCGAUGACACGGACAAGGUCAGGGAGCAGUUGAGCACAGCCGAACCUCAGCAUACCGGUCGAGUUCUCGAUCUCAAAACGGGCACCGUCAAAAAAGAGGGACACCAAUCAUCCGUCCGGCUCUGCAUGGGCUCUCGUCGAGGCUUCAUCUGCCGUAUGAAGGUCGGAAAUUUGCAAACCACCGGCGACAUGGCAGCGGCUCACGGCCUGCAGAGGAUGAAGCAGCGAAAUUCGCUCGGGCCACCCGCGCGAGACGGCCAAAGUUAUGCGGUCGUGCAUUGUACCGGCUACAUAAAAAAUUGGCCACCAACGGGUGAUUUUGUACCUCCUCCUAUACCCACAGGUGUGGGCAAUGUAGUACCCAAUGAUGGCAGGGGCGGCGAUGAAAAUGCGAAUCACUACUGCUUAGUCGCCAUCGGCAGAUUGCAGGUCACUAGCACGCCCAACACCAGCGAAAAUGCACAAGCUAACAGUCCCAAUGAAUUUAUCACUCGACACUCGAUAGAUGGUAAAAUUACAUUUGUUGAUCAACGAAUCACUGGUAUACUUGGAUACACAUCUACAGAAGUUCUUGGCCACGUUUGCUACGAUUUCUUCCAUCCCGAGGACAUCACUCACAUGCGGGAAAGCUUUGAACAGGUUUUAAAAAUGAAAGGACAAGUUCUAUCGGUAAUGUACAGAUUUAAAGCGAAGAAUCGAGAAUGGGUUUGGCUGAGAACGUCGGCCUAUGCGUUCUUGAAUCCUUUCAAUGACGAAGUUGAAUAUAUCAUUUGCACUAAUGCCUUGGCUACCAAAUUGAUACCUGCUGGUAUUGCUGCUGGAGAUUCUUCUCAACCUGAAAAUGAAGUUGUUUCUGGAUAUGCUCAGCCAAGUUUAGACUACUCCAUGGAUCGACACGCGCGGCCUAAUCCAAUGUACACGGCUCCUAAUCCGCUUCACAUGAUACAGCAUUCAGCUGUAUUACCUGGUGGUCCAGGAGCACCGCCACCUCAAAGCCAGCAAUCGAGACCUCCAAGUUCACAAAAUAUGUACCCGAGUUAUGAAACGACUCAUUCUCCUAUUGCAUAUGGUUCUCCGGGACCACAGAGUACUUCUUCAGUUUUAAAUAGAAUUCAAAAACCGGCUCCUAACUCACCUACAACACAGGUUACUCCAGCAGGCAAUUGGUCGAGUUUAGCACAACAACCUGUAUCGUGCGAGGGUUAUCAGUACAGUCAAUCGAGUCCCUCCAGAUCACCGAGCGGACCAACAUAUACUCAGUUGAGUAGCGGAGCCAGAACGCCAACUCAUGCUCAAUACCAUGCAACAGUGCCUAAUAAUAAUUCUGGUAUGUGGAGUUGGCAAAGUCAACAACAGCAUCAAGGACCACCUACGGAGGCUGCCGGUCAACCCAACGCUCAAGUUAGCGGUCAGCAGCAAGCUCCGCAUCCAGCCGCGCCAAAUCAAUCUAAUGCUCAACCCCAAGAAUUGUCCGACGUACUCCAAAUGUUUGGAGACCAAGAACUCAUGUUUAAUGCUCCAUUUGAAUAAGUUUGUGAACUCAUAAACGGCUAAUGUUGUAUAUUUUUAGAUUUUUUUUAGUUGAGAAGUAUUUAUCAAUGUCAGAGAAAUUUUUAUAUUAAACAUAUGUACAAUGUCUUUCGUACUAAAUAACUCGGCAAGUAUGCUCAAAUUCUAGGUUUUUAUAGCUCAACUUCAAUUUAGAGAACUGCAUACUUGCACAAGUAAUUUUCAAAGUUCUUUUUUAAUUACAGAUACUUAAUUAGUUAGGUUGUUUUGUGCUUCGAUACAACGAACGAUAUAUCUCAAAACGUGAGUUAGUUGCUGCUAUCAAAUUGAUAGAAAUCCGUUCGAUUAUUUUAGACAAAAAAUGAUACGAUAAAAAGUAAUUAAUGUAGUUGAAUUACGUUAAGCUAAAUUUUACAUUGUAAUUAAAUUUAAAAAUAAGUGCAAUCGUUCGUGCCCCGACACGACACGUUUACUACCAGAAUUUUUCCUAAUGUAGAAUUAUUCCUGGUUAAAACUAUGAUUUCGGUAAAAAUUUUGAAAAAAAUAUGCUCAGUACUCCAGUACUUUUUAAAUGUGUAUUUUGCGACAUAUUUUGUGUACAUUUAUCUAACUAAGAAACUAGUAUUGCUCAUUGUGGACUUGGUAAAUUUACCACAUGACUGUUAGGAAUCAACUUAUUUUUAUGUUUUUAGCAAAUAAUAAUAUGAAUUACGAGAAACUGACAUUUGGUACAGAAAAUGUAACCUGUGUUUUUGCGAAUUUUGUAUAGCGUGGUGUAAUCGUUAUGAUUCGUCUAAUGAUUCAUAUCGAAAUUUAAAUGUCAACAUUUUAUAAACAUGUGAAAUGUAUUUAUAUUAAUAUUAUGUACAUUGAAUACCUAAUAAAAAAUGCAAGACUUCA